AUGUCGUUCAACUUUCAUGCUCGUCAAGCGCUUCCGCAUGCUCCGGUGACCACGCCUAGUCCGCCAUUAAUGGUCAGAAAGAUUGAAAAAUUGCUCUCUGACAUCAAAAGAGAGUCUCAAUCGCCGCCUAUUACGAGACACCGAUUGGAGCUUCUACUGGAGACUUUCCAAGAUGAGCAACCCAAGCAAAAAAAGGUGACGGAAAUUUGGGACAAGGACAUAUCGAAGUACAAAAUCGUCGACUCGGUGGAGCCGGAAACUGACAAUUGGCGCGACUAUACGUUUGUUGUUCGAGAGCACAUCGAACAAAAAUCCAAAGUAUCCACAACGUACGUCGACGUUAAGGCGGAAUAUCUGCGAGAUAUCUUGGCAGAGAUACUGGAGAACGUGAGGACUGUCAGCAUUAUGGAGGCCAAGCCCUCAGUAAGUGGUGAAGCGACUCGAGGAGUGCCGAAGAUUAAUCUUGAGCAGAUCGAGCAAAACAUCUUGUUCCAGUUUCUGCCUGAGCUCGAAGGCAAGCUGGAGCAGAUAGGCAAAAGCGAGAGCAUUAGCCCAGGCCGCUUUGAGCAACUCCGCCUACUCAUCGAUCAUCUCAAACAGGCCUACGCCCCGACAAUGGAGUGUCUCGGGCCAUUGUUGCAAUGCGAAGAGAUCACCUACGAUCUGCUCCAGGCACUUUUCAAACCAGGAUGUCAUGUGUAUACAAAGUGUCUGGGCUCCCAAAAAUCCCGAUGUGUCGUGUUUGAUGCGGGUGAAGAGGCUACCCAAAAAGGGGUCACCUUCUUCAAACUCGAGUGUCAUUAUCUUGACCACGAUGGGUAUGAGCUUGGGGAAGUGAGAACGGAGCUGGGUAUCGUCAAAUUUCGCGGACGCAGACCGAUUCGUACUCUCGAUGCAUUUCCGCUGCAGUACCAUCCUGAUCGCAGCCGGAUGACUCAGACACUGGUGGAACGCGGUCGCAAGUUCGGCGGUUUGAUCAGACCGCAUGGGCCUCUCAUUCGACAUUGCAAGGGUCGAGCUUUCAUUAUGGAAAGAGGGAAGCCCCAGGCAGUAAACAUUGAUAGCGUGGUUGCAGUCGAUGCCAGCUUGUUUCGUGAAAUGGAACCGAACUACCACCGACCGUGCGUCUCGGACUGCUGGGAAGACGUCUCCUACGUAUACGGAAUGACAGUGAAAGAAGACGAACGUCGAGGGCAACUAGAGAAGGUGAAGGAAAAUGGAAAGACAGUCGAUUCGAUGACAGAUGAAGACUUUCUGAUAUGUUGUCCAACCGUCCGUUGCUUCAGCUUUACUGAAACGAGGUUCUUGGAAUGCGGGGUGGGCGAUCUCACAGACGUGGAGUGGUCAUCAGCGUUCGACCGCUUGCAAAUUCCGGAAGAAACGAGAGAAAUUCUCUUGUCCGCAACGACCUCUCGCCUGUGUCGUGGAAGAGAUGUAGUCUUCGACGAUUUUAUCAAGGGAAAAGGUCGCGGUCUCAAUGUUCUCUUCUUUGGUGAACCAGGAGUGGGCAAAACAUUUACUGUUGAGGCCACCGCCGAGCAUUUUCAGACACCCCUCUACUCAGUCUCUGCUGGCGAAUUGAUGGCUGACCAUGGCGAUCCGUUUCAUUUGGACGCUACUCUCGGUCGUAUCUUUAAAAUCGCGACACGUCUGAACGCAAUCCUCCUCAUCGAUGAAGCGGAUGUGUUCAUGGAAAAACGAUCCUCGUACCAGACGAAUCAUAACCGCCUUGUAACUAUCUUUCUUCGGAAAAUGGAGUAUUAUGAAGGGGUCCUUUUCCUGACGACCAACCGUAUAUUGGAAUUCGAUGACGCCGUUCUGAGUCGCAUUCAUCUAAAGGUGAAAUAUUCAGAGUUGACGAAGGACGCACGAUUGAAUAUUUGGAAAAGUUUCCUUUCCGAGGCCCACACUUUUCAAGGGCCCGCCAUCGUCGAAGCUGGUGAUCUCAAGUGUCUAGCAUCGAUGAAAUUGAAUGGUCGGGAGGCGAGUCAUCUCACGACUGUAAUUAUUGAUAUCGGCUGA